AUGGAAGAUGAAAUUGAAAACCAGUUUAGGCGAACCAUUGACGAUAUCAUGGCGCGCUCAAAAAAGAACGAUAAAUUCGUGGAAUGCCUAGAUCUCUUGGCUUUCAAAAGGGACCAGUUUAACGUGAUUCACGUUAGCGGGACUAACGGUAAAUCGUCUGUGUCAUACAAAGUUGCGCAGUGCCUCAUUUCACUAGGAAAAACAGUGGGAUUGUUCACUUCGCCUCACCUGUUUGAGUAUAACGAGAGAAUAAGGGUACAGGGUGUCGACAUUCCAAAGGCCGAUUUCAUCAGAAUCUCAAAUAAAAUCAACACGGUUAUCGGCUCGACCUCCAUUCAUUUUUUCUCAUACAUUUUACUGUUGUCGCUGGUGUAUUUUGAUGAAAAGGGCGUUGAGUGGGUGGUUUUGGAGACUGGCAUUGGAGGACUCAAGGACUCGACGAACUUCGCCUCAAACACGAAGAUCGCAGUCAUAACCUCGAUAGGCUACGAUCAUAUGCACAUUUUGGGGAACACGCUGGAGGAGAUCGCGCUUCAGAAGGCCGCCACGAUCAAAAGGGGCUGCGUAGUAGUGCUCGGACCAAACUGUUACAAGAGUGAAAUAUUUGAGAACAUAGCCAGAGAAGUUGGCGCCAAGGUGAUAAAGAACAAUGGGAGGGACUUUGGCUCAUUCGACGAGGAAAACUCGGAGACCUCGAGGCUGGUCAUCGAGCAGGCGCUCAAAAUCGGAAAGGCCUCGAAGUCCGCACUCAACGCGAGGCUAAUGAUGAGAAUGCAGGUACUGUCCGCCGAUGAGUGCGAGGGGGUGAAGAGGCACAUAUUCGCAAAGUUUCCAGGUCUGCGCGACAAAAUGGACAAGUAUGGCGCCCCAAUGGCAGUCGUCAUGGACAUUGGCCACAACGAGACUGCCAUCAGUAGACUGUGUUCAGAUAUUUUCAAGGCGUACAAGUGCAACAUUACCUUUUGCUGUGCAAUUUCCGAAAGGAGGAAGUUGCGUAUUUUUAAUCCCAUUGAGUCAGUUCAAGGCACGAAUGCCCUCGGUCAGCCAUCAGUGCGCAAAUUCUACUACCUAAACGUAGACCACAGCUACUGUCGAAGGUUAGAGUCUGUCGAAAAUGACUUAAAUGACCCUGAACUGUCAAACGGUGCCAGGGAGAUAAUUAAACUGGGCCUUGAAAGGAGCAGAAUGAUCUGCUCUGGAGUCACUAACUGUAACAUUAAUAAGGACUGGGAUAACUGUGGCAACAGUUGCAAUGACUACAGUGAGACCAACCACUACGAUGGCAUCAGUAGCAAUAAUGGCAAUAACGAUAACUGUGGCUAUACGGAAUGGAUUAAGGAGUCAGACUGCGUCACUGGUAACUCAUAG